GGUCAACAACCAAAACCGUCUCCCACCCUGUAUAAAAGGCAGCCGGCACAGAACUUGUCCCCCAAACAAGCUCCGAUCCCAAGAAGAAUUAAACCUCACCUAACCCCUCCCAUGUCCGACCACCCCCUCGCCGGCGAGCACCACCCCUCUCCGGCGAGCUCGGCCGCCCUGGGCCCCCUGCUGCUCCUCCCGUCGGAGCUCCUCCACGAGAUCCUCCUCCGCCUCGCCGUGCCGGAGCUCCUCCGCGUCCGCUCCGUCGCGCGCCCGCUCUCGCACCUCAUCACUUCCCCGGACUUCCGCCGCCUGUACCAUCUCUCCUCAGCCUCCUCGGGGCCCGGCCCGGCCGCCGCGUGGCUCCUCCUCUUCAAGAAGCUUCCCCCGCGCGACGCCGCGAUCCGGGGCUUCCACGGGCCGUCGGGACGCUGGUUCCGCAUCCCCGUCUCCGCGAUCCUCGCCCCCGCCGUACCCCCCGGCGAGGACCUCUACUUCCUCGCCGCCUCCGGCAGCUCGUUCCUGUUCGCCGCCAACGGCCGCCGCGAGCUCGUGGUCGUCGACCUCACCUCCCGCGCCGCGCGCCGCCUCCCGCCGUCCCCUCUCGGCCCCCGCGGCACCUCCUCGUGGCGCCGCUUCGGCCUCAAGCUCGUCGCCGAUCCCCCCGGUUCAAACCGGUUUAGGUUUAUGUUUGCCGAGCUGGUGAACAACACGCCAUUCCUCUUCGAGUACCGGUCCGAGACCGACACGUGGCAGCAGUCGGAGGCGGUCCUGGCCGAGGGGGCAGCGCCCGUGCCGGCCGCUCCAGACGGCACCUACCUCUGCGCAGCGCACGCCGGGCCGGACUGCGUCAUGGUGUACUCCGGCCCGGGCGCGGAGGACCGCCCGGUCUUCUUCCGGCCGCGGUUCCCGCCGCACAACCCGAACAACGCCGGCGACCGGCUGCACGUGUACGGCGACGGGAGCGCAGCGGUGGUGCGGUCGGCGGUGAUCGACGAUCCGCCGAGCCGGAACCGCGUCAAGGUCGUGACGGCUGUGGACCUGUACGGGUUCAGGGCGUCGUCGGUGGUGGGAGGCGACUGGGAGCUGGUGGCCUCCGUGCCGGCCGAGCUGAUCGACGGGUUCCGGAAGCCGUACGCCGUGAUGACGGGGCUGCUGGCAGAGCGGGAGGGCGUGGUCCGGCUGGUGCUCAUCUCCAACUGCAGGGGCGCCUGGGACCUGGUGUGGCUGUCGUACGACCGCGAGCGCGGCGAGUGGCAGUGGGUGCCGGUGCCAGACUGGGGCACUAGCAAGGGGCUCAACAUGGCCGGCAUCGCCGUCUCCUCCACCUUCUCCAGCCUCUGGCCGCUGGCGUCGCCGUCGUCCAGCAGCCAGCCACCGGUGAACGGAUGAACCGAUGUCUGUGUCGCAAGUGAUGCUGUACAUACUGGUGUGUGCAAAAGCAGUGUGGGUGUGGGCAAGUGCUGGGCUCCAUCGAUCCAACGCGGCCGUGCCCCCACCCCACGAUGUGAGCGGCGCUUCUCGUUUCCUUGCGGGUGGAGCCGUGGCGUGGCGUGGCGCGGCAUGAUCCCGCAUAAUAGCUUCGUCGAUGGGGACUAGACAGUGAGAGUGAAAUGUUUCAGACAAGGAGUGGCCACUGGCGUUUGCUUGCUUCUCUUUUGUAAUUGAGCUGCUGCUGCUACCCAUUGCUCGUAAAACUUGAACGCCUUACAAAAGUUUCUUAA